GAAGCCAGGGAAGCCGAUCAGAGAUUUUUAAAUUAAAAGAAAAAAGGGACAGAGAGAGGGGUAAAGACGUAAAUUUAUUAUUCCGCUCUCCUCUCCACACCGCCAGUAGCAGCGGCGGAAACGGAAAAGCAAAGCACCACUUUCCCACGCAAACGUUUAUCUCACCCCUCCGUGAACAUCGGCUUCUUCCCCUUCUCCCAAUUUUUAACAUCUUCUCUUCUUUCCUUCCUACCAGAAGCCUCUUUCUUUCGUUUCUUCUCUUCUUUUGUAUUCAAAGGGUUUCAGAUCGACGGUCACAUUUACAGGUUAGAAUUGCAAAUGGCCAAAGUUAGCAAAGUGCGAAAGUCUGACUCUUGCCAUAAAAGUGUGAAUCCUCACCUAUUGCCAUCUUGUCCUAAGAAGGCUGGCAAAGGCUCCCAAAAGAAGAAGUGUUCCAAAGAUUCAGAGAAGAAAGAUUGGGAAGCUGCAAAAUGUUCAGUUUGUCUGGAGUUCCCGCACAAUGCUGUUCUCCUCCUUUGUUCCUCUUAUGAUAAGGGUUGCCGCCCUUACAUGUGUGCUACUAGCCGUCGCUUUUCCAAUUGUCUUGAGCAAUACAAGAAGGCAUACACUAAGGUGACUUCAGCUGACAAUGGGUCGGUGGAUAAUGCAAGUGUGGGACAACCCUCUGAAAAGAUGGAAGCACCAGAGCUUCUAUGCCCGCUUUGUCGUGGUCAAGUGAAAGGUUGGACAGUGGUAGAACCUGUACGGAAAUAUCUCAAUCGGAAAAAAAGGGCCUGCAUGCAAGACAGGUGCUCUUUUGUUGGAACCUACAAGGAGCUCAAGAAACAUGUUAGGACAAAGCACCCAUUAGCACGACCUCGGGCGGUGGACCCUGUACUUGAAGAAAAAUGGAAAAAGCUUGAAAAUGAGAGAGAGCGAGAUGAUGUGAUCAGCACAAUUAUGUCAUCAACGCCAGGGGCACUAGUCUUGGGUGAUUACGUGAUUGAGCCAGGUUAUCGUGGUCGUAUCUACAGAGAUGAAUCUGAUUCAGAUGACUCUUAUGGCAAUCCUUUUGAUGAUGAUUUUAUUCGGCUAGACUCUUCUGUUCACAUGCGUGGUAGAUUCAUGGACUAUAACCUAUAUGAAGAGGAUGACUUUGGGAUGCGCCGUGCUUUUCGUGCUGUUCCCCCAGUAGCUCGAACUUGGCCUGCUCGCUUGUUGGGGUCAGUGGGACUAAGGCGUAUCCCCAGGGUCCGAGGACGUAAUGUUGGCCAAUAACUUCCAUCCACCUUUUUCUUAUCUGCAAAUCAAAAUACCUAAAUCUAUUUGAAUCUUGCCAUCACAAGGUGAAAUUUAUACCUCAACGUGAUGCAACGUUAGGUAGCAGGUAAAUGAACAAACUGUAGGGAAGUCGUUCAUUGGUAAUUAGAUGUUUAGCUGUCGAGGCGAGCCGAAGGUAUUUUUGCAGUCAGUUCCCUCGUGCAUUGCAGUCAUUUUACAGCAGUAGCAGCAUAAAUCUAAAAAACUUUGUUUUCCUGAUCUAUACGCUUUUGUUCUAGAAACUGGCAACAUUUUGUUGAUGAUGUUGCAUUUGAUGGCGCCCUUUAUUCUCCAGAAUAUUUUUUCUGCGGUGUACAGCGUCAAGAAAAUAGAUUCAGAGGAGAAUUAAAUAAAUUCUUUAGUGGUUUCUCUUUUCA